CGACAUUUUUGAAAAAGACUUGCAAGCGCCAGCCAUCAACACUCACCACCCUUGCAAAAGUCGAGACGAUCAACGAUUGGAAAGCGAGUUCUGCAAGACUUCCAGUCGCCCAUCAUGUCUCAACCAGCGCUCAACAAGAUCGCCCACAACAGCCCGUCGAGGCAACACCCGUCCGAGCUGGAAACCAGCAUCGCAAACGCUCUCUAUGAACUCGAGACCAACAUCCCGGACCUCAAGUCUUCCCUGAGACCUCUUCAAUUCACCACUGCUCGCGAGCUCGAGGUUGGCCACGGCAAGCGCGCCAUCGUCGUCUUUGUCCCCGUUCCUCUCCUCGCGGGUUUCCACAAGAUCCAGCAACGCCUGACCCGCGAGCUCGAGAAGAAGUUCUCCGACCGCCACGUCCUGUUCAUCGCCUCGCGCCGCAUCCUCCCCCGUCCCAAGCGCUCCAACCGAUCCCGCACCACGCAGACCCAGAAGCGUCCUCGCAGCAGAACCCUGACCGCUGUCCACGAGUCCAUCCUCGCCGACGUCGUCUACCCCGUCGAGAUCGUCGGCAAGAGACUGCGGACCAAGGAGGACGGCAGCAAGGUCCUCAAGGUCGUCUUGGAUGAGAAGGAGCGCGGUGGCGUCGACUACAGACUCGACACCUACUCGGAGGUCUACAGAAAAUUGACCGGACGUGUUUGUGGCUUCGAGUUCCCCAUGAGCGCCGCUGCCGAUUACUAGACGAAUUGACCGAAGCACAAAAUGGGUGAGAGAGAGAAAAGCUCGGGGUGCCAGAUAAAGCCUUGAAUGGGAGGUGUUUAUGAAGGAGAGAAGAAGAAAGAAGAAUGGAGGUACGGGCGUUGUACAAUCCACCCCCCCAUCAAGGAGCCAACUCGGAUGGACGUGGCGAUCAAAGGCGUCACUUUGCAUGAGAAAAUGGAAUGGCCAGGAAACCCUUACGUACGCAUGCAGAGGUAGCAUUAUGCUGUUCAGGUUGAGCGAAACUGCAGAUACCGACAGCAAUUUCAAGAUUUGACAAA